CUGAUUAUUUCACAAUAAAUAUAUUAUUUCUUUAUUUUAGCAGAUUUCAUAUAAAUGUAAAAAAAAAUUCAGCUGCCACAUUUCAGUAUUUUGGAAAUUUUUAUGUUCCAUUAUUUAUUCCACUUUUAUCUUCCUGUGUUUCUAUAAGGUUCAUAACAAUAAGGCGCGGUUGUGGAUUGGUCUAGGACGGGUAAUGGGUGCGGUGCAAGAGUAGGAUGCCCCACCCUGAUGUGAUUGACAGGUGCCGGGACGUAGAGCAGAAGUCAGUUCUCUCUCACAAACCUCUAAGCGCGUUAUGCAGCUUUCCCUACAGCGCGUUUGUGUUCCCUCUCAGUGGAUUUUCACCUCCCAACCAAGCUGUUAACGCAAUACAACUGCUGGCGUUGUACUUUAUCCAUUCCUUACUUCUGUUCAAUUGCUGGUUAUUAUGUACUGUGGACUUUUAAAGGAGGAGCCCAUUCAUGACCUCUCCUAUUGCAGUGUGGACCAAAGGAGCAGAUAAUAAAUCACCAGAGCUUUACUAGUGUGCUGAAAAUAGUGUUCUUUUGAGCAGGGACAGAGCUUUGCCAGGGAAUCAUGGCUGGAUGUUGCAUGUCGGCGGAGGAGAAGGAGCGGCUGAGGAUAAACCAGGAGAUUGAGAAGCAGCUGAGGAAGGACAAGAGCAACUCACGCAAAGAGAUGAAGCUGCUGCUGCUGGGCACAGGUGAAAGUGGAAAGAGCACUUUCAUCAAACAGAUGAGAAUAAUUCACGGGACUGGUUACACCGAUGAAGAUAAGAAGGAUUUCAUUAAACUGGUCCAUCAGAACAUUAUCUUUGCCAUGCAGGCCAUGUGCAGGGCGAUGGAAACGCUCAGUAUUGCCUAUGCUAAUGCAGAGAAUAAGGGUCAUGGUGACAUGGUGAAUGAAAUGGAGAUUGACAAGAUUAUGCGUUUGGAUGACAGCCAAGUGAGUGCCAUCCGUAGUCUAUGGAGCGACGCUGGAAUUCAGGAAUGCUAUGACCGCCGUCGAGAAUAUCAGCUGACCGACUCUGCCAAAUACUAUCUGUGUGACCUGGAUCGGAUUGCAGAAGAAGCGUACGUCCCAUCCGAGCAGGAUAUUCUGAGGGUCAGAGUUCCUACCACUGGUAUAAUCGAGUAUCCAUUCGAUCUGGAGAAUGUCAUCUUCAAGAUGGUGGAUGUGGGAGGUCAAAGGUCAGAGCGCAGGAAGUGGAUCCACUGCUUUGAGAACGUCACCUCCAUUAUCUUUUUGGUGGCCCUGAGCGAGUAUGAUCAGGUUUUGGUUGAAUGCGACAAUGAGAAUCGUAUGGAGGAGAGCAAAGCUUUGUUUAAAACCAUCAUCACAUAUCCUUGGUUCAAGGAGUCUUCUGUAAUCCUCUUUCUCAAUAAGACCGACAUCUUGCAGGAGAAGAUCCCUAACUCUCACCUGGUCACUUACUUCCCAGAAUUCACAGGGCCCAAAAAUGAUUCAAAAGCCGCCCAGGAGUUCAUUCUUCAGAUGUACCUCGAGCAAAAUGAAGACAAAGAGAAAGCCCUCUAUUCCCACUUCACCUGCGCCACUGACACAGAGAACAUCCGUCUGAUCUUUGCCGCUGUGAAAGACACAAUCGUCAAACAGAAUCUCAAAGAUUUCAACCUGGUUUAAAAUCUGUCCUUAUCCAGAAGGUCAGAAGCCCUUAGUCUUAAUAACUCCUUACUCCAGAUCUAAUGUUGAAUAGAUGUAGUUGUUACAUUACCUUUUAUGUUCUAAUGUUGACUAAGGACUUAUAUUGGGCAGUUGCCUUAUGAAGAAGAUCUGAACCAGGUCCCAGAGAUCAAGCCUUUAUCUAUACCAGUACAACAACUUGUUUAGGUCUUCUUAUAGAUGGAUAGGCUACAUCUUGCACAGAUGCAGUGGUGACUGUUUUCUUUCUGGGAGUAGGGGUUACAAAAGCCACAAGACGAAACUCAUUUUGCUCUUAUGUUACUCAUGUAAUGGCUCACAGUCUCAAGAAUACUUUGUAUAAGUGUAUUUAAAAGCAAAGUAGAGUUUACAUAUUAGUUAAAAAAAAUGCUUUUGGCUUUACAAAAGAUACCUUGUUUAGAAUUGUUAUAUCAUAUGUCCGAUAAAUGGGUAGCCAUAUGUAGAAACCAAAGGCAUGAAUGAAGAUGUCUUAUUGUAAAAUGUUACAUUUUAAAUGAUACCUGACUGAAAAUUUACAGGUCAAAUGACAGAAACAUUUCACUCAACCAUUGAGUUAUACUUAAAUUAUUUAUCUGUUGAAAGCUGGUUGUAGCAAAACCUAAAGUGCCUUUGUAUACUGUAAUGUCUGUAUCUGCUUUGAUAAUAUUUAUUAAAUGAAAAUAUAUAUUUA